AGUUCAUUUAAACUUGACAAACUAUAAACAACAUAACAUGUUUAUGUUUGAAACUUUAAAAUUAUAGAUAAAUAAUAAGAAGCAAAAUUUGUUAAAUUCAAUAUCCUUAAAAUACAAUAGAUAUUAUAAAAGUGAAUAAAAUGGAAUGUCAGUAUAAAUAUGUUUUACAAAUGCAUAUAUGACUGUAAAAAUACGCAAAUUUGAUUAAUUCACGAUGCAAUCUGAAAAUGAGCUAACGGAGGUAGAGGAAUCUAUACAAACAGCUAAUGAUAGGAUUAAAUUUCUAGAGAAGAAAUUGAAAAACCACUUCUUACCGAAACAUAAACAAAAAGAUUUCAAACGAGAACUAUCAGAUGUUAAAAAAUUAUUAGUUACACACCAACUGAAAUUAGUACAAUUAAAAACCAGAGAUAAAAAAUUGUCUGUGAUAGCUGUUAGCGCUGGAUUAAUUGUAGUGGGUAUGGUAAUUUAUAUGUUUUAUACUUUAAUAGAUGCAUUCGUUUUAAUGUGGGAUACUUUAAGUGUGGACAAUUAAAUAAGGUAAAGGGCUUCUUAUCUCGUGAAAAUAGUUUGAAAAAAUUGAAUGUUUGUUUUUAUUUCCUAAUUUUUGUUUGUUAAAUGGUAGAAUACCUAAAAAUAUUAUUUUAUGAUACAUUUCACCGUUUCUAUAGAUUUUUUUAUCAAAAACAUAAAUAAUUAGUUAUUAUUACUAAUUUUCAUUUAUAUUAUUUACAUAGAACUUUCUUUCCAUUACCGAAAUUGGUCAUUUUAUAUCUUAAUUCCUUUAUUUUUGGUUAUAGAAAAUCGAGUUUUUUCAAGUCUUUUUACAUCAUGUUUAUGAAAAAAACCAUAUGAAUAAUAAAAAUGAAAACUUGAAUUAGUUUGGGGGCUUUAAUUGUUCGAUCGAAAUCUUUUCACUAUUACUAUUUAUUAUAAACUAACUAACUGUGUUAAGCAAACGUGCCGCGCCUUCGCCGAAUUUUAGAAUUCCAUUCCAGCUGGUCAGGACCGGCUCCAGGACCCAUAUCGCGGACUUGUUCGUAACACUAUAUUAAAUAUUUUAGUGAGAUAUUUCAUAUAAUUUUUCUCGUAAAUCCACCGUAAAAAACUAAAUAAAUUCAUUGAAAUAGAAUAAUUUUUCGAUUUUCUAAACCAAAACCGUUAAAUGGUAUUAAAUUACCUCUAAAUUUAUUAUUUCUUAACUUAUUUCUAAUCAGAUUGUUGUAGUUCAAAUUUUGUUUAUAGUUAGAUAAUAUUCUAAAUUAGUAUUUAUUUAUAAUGUAAUUGUGAAAUAAAUGUCGAUUUAAACUAA